CUGAACAUUGCCCUAGUCAGCAUGUUGCUGUGGAUUGUAUCCAUUGUGCUCCUAAUUGCCCAGGAAUCAGAGACUCAGAUGGUGGACUGCUACAGAGAUUUUGAUGCGCAGUCGGGAAGCUGCGGACAUCGCCUCGGGCGCAUAGAAUUAGACGACUGCUGCCUGAACCCUCACUAUGGUUUCAAUGGUUCUGACGGAGACUGUGACUCCUGCCGUCCUGCCUCGUGGUCCGAGUGGACGGCCUGGGGCCCCUGCACCGUGUCCUGCCUGGAGGGGGUGAGACAGAGGAGGCGCUUCUGCUACGGGAUAGGGUCCUGCAACAACACUCAGGGGCUGGGGGACCUGCAGACAAAGGCCUGCGUGGAGCAGGACUGCUGCCCUGUGCAGGGAGGCUGGGGGGAGUGGGGGCCGUGGCAGGAAUGCUCUGUAACCUGUGGGACAGGGCCGAAGAUCAGAGAGAGACACUGCUCUAUGCCACCCCCUUCAUGUGGAGGCAGCUGUGACGGUCCAAGCAGGGAGGUUUCUGUCUGCGACACCGGCAGGGUCUGUCCAGUGCCUGGGGGCUGGGGGCAGUGGAGCAGCUUCUCGGAGUGCUCAGUGACCUGUGGCGUUGGGGAGCAGGUGAGGACGCGGCAGUGUGACAGUCCGGCUCCUCGGCACGGGGGUCUGUACUGCUCCGGGGAGGCCACAUCCACUCAGCUCUGCAACACACGGAUCCACUGUCCAGUGGACGGUCAGUGGUCAGAGUGGUCGGAGUGGGACAGGUGUUCGAGAGUUGUGUUUGGCAACUAUAGUGAGUGGAGUGAGUGGGGACUCUGCAAGCCAAACUGUGGACCUAAUGCUGCAAGGACCAGAACCCGGGAGUGUAUCCUGGAUGUGUCUGAGUACAGUGCCCUCCUACCAGCCGCUCAGUAA